AUGGAUGAUAGUCAACAAUUAUUUCUGAUUGAAUUUUUGGUUGAUAAAAUUAAUAUCCCAGCUGUACGUGCUAUACAUGAAGAAAUGUUACCAGUGACGACCUGCAUCUCUUUUCAAAUCCUUAAUUUGCCACCUAUCAAUAUUAAUGAAGAAGCAUUAAGCGAUGGAUGUGCUUGUAUAAGCGGUGACACUCAAGUAUUUAAAAAAGGAAAAUCUUGUCUGUUUGCAUUACCCAAUAAUGUACUUCAAAAACCAGUUCAUAGUUUUCCUGUAACUAUGACUGUUUAUAAAAAACUUCCACCAGGAGUAUUACCAGAUGUUAUGUUAAUUGGCACUUAUCAGAUACAAUUAAGAAAUUUGAUAAAUGAUUUAUUAAGUCAACGUGUAUUCAAUAAUGGGAAUCCAUGUAAAUCAUUAAAAAGUACUUUUAGGAUAGCUACAGCGACUGGACAAUGUGUUGGCGAAGUUACUCUCUUCAUACGUGUCUCCUGUUUUGGAAAAAAAAUAGUAACUCAAUUCCAAAUACCUCAUAAUAAAAAACCAUACUUGUUUAAAGGAACCGACGAUAGUCCAGUAUUUCAAUGUAAAAAGAUACCUUCGAAAAAAUGUUUGCCAGAAUUUAUACGAUGCAAUUGUACUGUAAAAAAGAAUAAGGAUGGGAGUGGUGAAGGAAAGAGUUGUUGUCGUCCAAAAACAUGUCCUGAAACUUGUUUCAAGACUUGUUGUCGUCCAAAAACAAGUCCUAAAACUUGUACACCUUUGGUCAAAUCUGAAGUCGACAAAUGUAAACAACCACAAUCUGAACCUUUGCCUUGUUGUCCAUCUUGUCCACCAAUUUGCAAUGGUACCAAGUCAUCAAAACCACAACAACAACAACAACAACAACAAUGUCAACAAGAGCACUCAAAAUGUUGUUUUCUUUAUCCACCAUGUAUUCAACCAGUAAAACCUGUUUCAAUUUGUGGUCGUCCACAACCUGCCACAACAAAUACUUGCCCAUCAUGUUGUUCGCCUCAAUCGGUUAAAGAAAAGACCUGUGCUCCUUGUUGUGGCACAAAGAAAACUACUUUUGAUGAACUAUUUAAAGAGAAACCUGUAAGAAAGUGUGGAUGCAUUAUUAAAGAAGAACCAACUUGUACCUGUAGAAAGACCUGUUGUUGAGUCCUUGAGAACAAACAAACAAACAAAAAAAUUAUGAUUGUACAAAAUAAUGGCUGAACGUCAAGAUAAGAAGAAAAAAAAGGAGAAGAAGAAGAACAGCAAAUCCAAAAAGAUAUCAAAGAUCAAAGCUGCAGAAGAGAAAGCUGCUAAACAAAAGGAAGCUUGCAUUA